AUGCGUGGCAGUCAGCCAAAUACUCGUCGAUUGCGGACCUGGGUCUACAGCACGGAAGAUGAUUCAUGUGCCACAAACGACUUGAAUCGUCUCAUACUUAGGGUUGGGGAAUCUGUUGCAAUAUUCCCAGAUGACGCAAGGGCGGUGACAAAAACAGACGGCAGCCUUCCCAUCAUGUCAUAUUGUCUUAUCAAGGAUGUCUGGCUGGACAUUCAGUGGUAUUAUAGACGCGUCGACCUGGAGGAUGCCGGGGUAGACCUGGCUGAAUCUAUCGGUGAAUAUGAGCUAGUGCUCAGUGACCACAUUUCAUUGGUUGAUAUGAUGUGCAUUGAGGACCAUGCUACAAUUAUCAAGUAUGAUGAAUGUAACCUUGCACAACAUCCAGUACCCCCUGAGACCCCAUAUCAUCGGUGGAAUGUCACGAUAAAAUUUGCUAGGCACCGGAAAGAUGUGAACAUUGAUGAUGCUCUGGAACUCCAUACCGAUCAAGUUCCAGAAUCCAAGCUGCCAGCGACAUAUGAUGGUAUUCAGCUGGAGGAAGACUUCGUCGCUAUUUUAAUCAUGCCCAUUUGCCGCGGUGGACCAUAUGGUGUGGUUGGCAAUGGAUGGAUCUAUUCCCGCGCCAGAUCACUCUUGAAAGAGGUUAGGGUUAAUGGGAAACUUCCAAAUGGAUGGAAGGCUAGCCUAACAGAAACAGAUUACGAGGGUUCUGAGGUUGAGAUUCGCGUCAAACAAGUUACAUUAAUCACAGAGAAUCACAAAAUAUUCCAUAAAGGCUGUUUGUAUGUAAUGAGGCGGUAUGGCUUGUACUUUGUACCAUCAAUGGAUCCCUUCUUUCGCUUCCGGCACUGGAGCAGCCGCAAUGCAAGAACCCUCAUGAAAUCAAAGGGGACGAUCGAAGACGUGGAUGGGGAGUGUUUAUUAAAGGUUUUUCAGGUUGGACGGCCCUCGGAGAGCGGCCACAUCGCCGCACACUACCGGGUGCCCCUUCGAGCUGUCAACAAAAAAUUCGGUAUUUACAGGAAGAUUGUGACCCACCUGACUAGCUCAUCACAGCCACUUGCUUCACAACUACGAGAUACAUAUCUUUCAAUCAUGGAAUACAUGCACAAUGUGCGAAUCACAUUUUGUGCAGAUGCCCGAGGAUCGCCUGAUCCGCUCCAAGCUGGCUUCAGAUCUGCAGCACUGGAUUACUAUCUAUGGUUGGACCACAGGGCCGGUGGCUUCCAUGAACUCUGUCGUGCAAAAAUAGAACAGAGCCAUAAGGUGACCUUCAAGUCCGUACAGAAUCGAGAGUGCCAGGAUAUCAUAUCGUUCCUCGACUGGGGAUCCUACCACACAGCCAACUGUAAUGAGCACGAUAUUUGUGGGGCAUUUCAGGGCUACGCCUCCGAGGAGGAUCUUCAGUGUCUUCUGGAUGCAGUAGAUGUCUCUAUGGAUUCCAGUCAGAAGCAUGAGAUGUCAUCAAGCCCUAUCAUUUCGCGUGUACUUGACACGGAUAUUCUACCAACAUCAGUCACACUUCCUAUGGACAAUAUUCAGCCCCUGUUGGGUUCAGUUGAUACUCCCAUGUAUUCCGAUAGUAUGACAGUGGUCGACUCCACUGACAUAUACACCACUCUGGACGAUAUAUUCACAUUCCCAGAUAUCACACCACUUGGUUUCGAGCCUGAGAGGUCAUUAAGCCUCACUGUUGGUCACGCACUGGACACGGCUAAUCAGUCAAUACCAGCUAUCCAUCUCAUGCAAGAAGAUAUUCAGCCCUUGUCAUGUUCAGUUCAUACCGCCAUGGAACCAAUUGUUUGUCCUCAGGACACCGAAAGUAUGAUAGUGGUCGAUUCCACCAACAUAUAUAACGCUGUGGACGAUACAUUCGCAGCGUCAUAUUUUGCACCACCGAAUGAAAACUCGAUGUUGAAUAUCGGACAGGCUACUGAUGAUAGUACUCGUGUAUCAAGUCUUGCUAAAAAGACAAAUUCCUCAGGUUCCGUGUUGAAGCCAUUCCCACUGCCGUUUGACUGGGGCUAUUGCAAACGAGCUAUUGGUUCGAUGGGCGUUCCCAGCAUUCGGGUAGACCUUUCACGAUGGUUAAUUGCACACAUUGUCGUGCGGAUACGUGAACUCUAUGGACUGGACGAGGACACCCCACUCGAUGAUGCUAUUCAGCAUGGGUCUGAAUGUCAAGCCACCUAUGAGGAAUUCCACGAAAUUUCUGGGAUGUUCAAAUUCCUUCGUGCUAUACAAGCCAUAGCAGAGGAGCGGCAGACUAUUGCAGAUUUUUUCGUUUGUGCGGCUCGAGGCCCGCAUCUGUCAGACAUGCGUAUUGAGUGUGGUGUACAGUGCGAUAUAGAGUCGCAGUUGGAUCCUGGGGACAUGGGCACUGAUACCGCACACAUCACAUCGCUCAACUGCUCCCUCACACACGACUAUGAAACUAACACUGAAAAUGUGUUACCAUCAGAGGACCAUAAUGACUGCUCUACAGAUCAAUCGCACAUUUCAAUACACACUACAGAGCCAUUGUUUACUAUGGACUCCGACAACCAAUCUGCAGCAGCCUCGACGCCAACAACUGUCAACAUUGCUGACUGCCAAUCUCAAGCUCCCACAAUAUAUACUACACAAGACAAUCAUAGCGACCCCCCUAGUGAUCAUGAUACUGUCCCUCGCACCAGAUUAAGGGCCAGGAAUGUCAAGAAGGUCACAUGUGCUACAGUACCAACCCAGAAACGGCGCCAUGAAAACUCGGUAUCACAGCAUGAUGUGGUUAAAGAUCGGCCUCGCACUGGACGACCGGUAAUAUUCGCUGGCCCACUGGUUCAACCCAAGAAAAAGGCGAGGACUCUAUCGCCAGGUGUCAAUUAUACCAUAGAAGACCUGAUAAAGGGAUUGGAUUCCACAACAAUUUCACCGUCUAUACACCUCUUUCUCCUUGAUCCGAUGAGAGACGACUUCAUCCAAAAGAACACCGCAUCACAGUACAACUCACUGUUGAAUAUAGCACGAUUUAUCGCGUCUGCAUUGACGACGAAAUCCCUGUCUGAUUCCACAAUCACUGCAGCAGCAUCGUUAAUGAAGAUUGAAUUUUGGCUUGAAGAUGUCGCCCUCGACUGCAAGGUUGCGUUGGAAGCAAAGGACAUGUCACUAUCUCCAUUGGCACACCACGUCCUGGUUGAGCUGUCCACCCGUGCCUUAGAGGAUGCAUCAUCUUUAACCAUUGCUCUUGAAAUACACAUAUCUGUGAAUUUCCUUUUUGUGGACCUAAAUGACACGUUGCUGACGUUACGCGUUUCUCAAGAAGCGUAUCAACAGCGUCAAAGCUAUGGCAGAUGUGAUUCGAUAUCUAUGCAAGCUCCGACUCUUGCAUCCAGGAGCUGA